CCUCGUUAUUCCUUUUGUUUUGCACUAUUUAUUUAUUUCUCUAAUUUAUAGAUUUUCAUGUCCUUGCACCGUACUGCUACCGCAGAACAACACGUUUCACGUCGUAUAAAUCAGUGAUAAUAAACCUGAUUCUGAGGUAAUCUCCAGAUGACGGUUUUAAAUGGUGAGAGACCAGGUAACGUUUCUAUUGGAAAGGCCCUGGGAGGACUUGUAGAGGAGGCGGCGAACGUUCAGCUGCAGACACUGAGGAGGGAGAACAGGAGGAGGUUGGAGGACAAAAGAUGUCUUAUUACCAUCACUAAAGGAACACUGUGGACUAAAGAGCCUUGCAAUGGAGGGAAGGUUCCUUUAGGCGGCCGGGCUGCCCGGAUGUCGAUUCUAUUUCCCUCCCUCUUUCCUCGAGUGACAGAGUCGCUGUGGUUUAAUCUGGAUCGACCAUGUGUGGAUGAAAAUGAGCUCCAGCAGCAAGAAAAUCAGCACCAGGCUUGGUUACAGAGUAUUGCUGAGAAAAACAAUACCUUGGUCCCCAUUGGAAAGCCUGCCUCUGAGAUCGACAUGGAGGGUGCAGAGCAGGAUCAGGACCAGUGGAUGAUCUAGCAGACCCAAGACACUGUGUGCUCUUUGAAAGUGAAGGACUGCCACUGGCUUGGUCUCUGCACGGACUUCCCCCGUUGAUGGUGGUGUGGUCAUAUCUGUGUCCUUCUUCCUUAACACUGCUGUUCCUAUUGUGACUGAGACAUACCCCAUCUCCUUGUGGUAACAAGUCUUCAAUCUGCUGGAGGAACUCAGCAGGUCGAGCAGCAACUGUGGGGGUGGGAGGAAAAGAAUUGUUGACGUUUCAGGACGAAACCCGGCAUCAGGAUGUUUUGAUGCAAAACGUCGACAAUUCCUUUCCCCCCACAGAUGCUGCUUGACCCGCUGACUUCCUCCAGCAGAUUGUGUGUUGCUCCAGAUUCCAGCGUCUGCUGUCUCCUGUGUCUCCAUGAUAACAAACCUUCCUUUAAUUGGCCAUUCAGUCAUUUGCCGGCAUUCCUAUUGGCUGAUCUGAGCCUCAUUUGCCUGACACCUAUAAGAUAAUAUCCUUUCCCAAUAAUAAAAAUCUUCCAACCUCCGUUCUGAUUUUAUUUAAUUGACGCUCUGUGAGAAGGGUAUUUAGCUAGGGGAGAGUUCCAGAUUCUGGUGCAGGGGAAGCAGAGCUGCCUCGUGGACAUGUUGCAACGUGGGCUGUUGUCAUUGGAUGGAGUGACCACGCAGAGAGCAAGUGGACCUUGGGUAACAUGGGAUGUCCAGUAAAGAAACUGACCCAGCUAGUUUGUGCUCCCUCCCCUCUAUCUCACGCUAUCACUGUAACCUACCACUAUCCCCCUCAUGUUUGUUUAUUUCCCUGGAGUACAUCCGUACUUUUCACCUUGUGUUUUGCCUGUGGACGCGAGUUCGACAUUAUUGCUGGAGAGUUGAUUCUUGUGUGAGUAGUGAAACCGGCCUCACUCACUGCGUUAUUUUAAGUCCUGGUGCUGUCUGUUGAGUUUUGUAAUAAAAUGU